AUGAAUAAAGGCUUUGAUUUUGGGCAAUUGCAAUAUGGAGAGUUGGUUGGAAUUCGUUCAUUGAGUCAUGAAGUGAAGUUCUUAGAGGAUAAUCAAAUGGUACAUACUUGUUUAAUAAAAACGGAUUUAAUGGUGGAUAUUGUAGUUAGAAGUUCUCUUGUGAGAACGUAUGCUAAAUGCAAUUCGUUUGAGUAUGCUAUACAAUUGUUUGAUGAAAUGUCUGAUAAGGAUAUAGCGUGCUUGAAUAUGGUGAUUUCUUGUUAUCAUCAAAGCGGGAAAUUUGAAGAAGCUCUGAGAUACUUUGGCAUGAUGAGAAGAUAUGGAUUUGAGCUGGAUUCAGUUAUAAUCACAACUGCUAUUUCGUCUUGUGUUAGGCUUUUUAAUUUGGAGAGAGGGAGGGAAAUUCAUAAGGAGUUGAUUAAUAGUGGGUUUUGGCUUGAUUCUUUUGUUAGCUCUGCCCUUGUUGACAUGUAUGGAGAAUGCGGUCACUUAGAAAUGACGAUAGAAGUUUUUGAGCAAAUGCCUAAAAAGUUUGUUGUUGCUUGGAAUUCCAUGAUUACAGGAUAUGGUUUUAAAGGCGACUGCUUUUCAUGCAUUCAACUUUUUAAGAGAAUGUACAAUGAAGGAGUCAAACCAACUUUGACUACUUUGAGCAGUAUAUUAAUAUUCAUGAACUUGUUCUUGCCUGGGCUGUUACAAAGUUCUGUUUGUUACUCAUCACACUACUCAAUAAGAUUGCACCAACUAUUGAGAUAA